UACCCAUGUAGAAGAUAUGGUCUGGAAGGCUGGAAGCAUGCUAAUCCAUGGCAGUAUUCCCGCCAUGCGGACUCUUGCACUGUGUUCCUAUCCUUCAGACUUCUCUCACCUUUUCCCUCUCAUUUUCAAUCACAAAGCUACUCUUUUUCUUCAUCCCCACAACAACAGCACUCGCAAAUUAGGGUUUCUUUGUCCCCAAACAGUUCGCACAUCAAAUACAGGUCCAACUCUCUUUCUUCCACUCCGUAAUUCUCUGCGGUCAUCUUUCCCCGUAGAUAAUCAACUGUCGGACGCAGACGACGAAGAUGACGAAGACGACGAAGCCGCAGAUGAACAUGAAGAAUUCGCUGUCGACGUCUCCGAUGAAGACGAACCAGUGGAAGACACCGCCAGUUCGACCAUCCCAACGACGUCGCCCCGUUUCGAAGAGCACAAAUGGCAGAGAGUUGAGAGGCUCCGGUCAGAAGUCCGAGAGUUCGGAGAGGGAAUUAUCGAUUUGGAUGAACUCGCUUCUAUUUACGACUUCCGAAUAGAUAAAUUUCAGAGGUUGGCUAUACAGGCAUUUUUGAGAGGCUCAUCAGUUGUGGUUUCUGCACCGACAAGCAGUGGGAAGACUUUGAUUGCAGAAGCUGCAGCAGCAGCCACAGUAGCUAGGGGAAGGAGACUCUUUUACACAACGCCGUUGAAAGCCUUAUCCAAUCAGAAGUACCGAGAAUUCCGCGAGACGUUUGGUGAAAGCAAUGUUGGUCUUCUCACGGGAGAUUCUGCAGUUAACAAAGAUGCUCAGGUUUUAAUUAUGACGACAGAAAUUCUGCGCAAUAUGCUAUAUCAGAGUAUUGGAAUGGUUUCUUCAGGAAGCGGAUUGUUCCAUGUUGAUGUUAUUGUCUUGGAUGAAGUACACUAUCUUAGUGACAUAUCUCGGGGUACAGUUUGGGAAGAGAUAGUGAUUUAUUGUCCAAAAGAGGUUCAACUUAUAUGCCUUUCAGCAACAGUGGCAAAUCCUGAUGAGCUGGCUGGUUGGAUUGGGCAGAUUCAUGGUACAACAGAAUUGGUGACAUCAUCAAAACGGCCAGUUCCAUUAACCUGGCAUUUUUCUAUGAAGAAUUCUUUGUUGCCACUUCUUAAUGAGAAAGGAACCAGCAUGAAUAGGAAGUUGUCACUCAAUUAUUUACAAUUUUCUACUUCUGGAGUAGAACCUUACAAAGAUGAUAAAUCUAGAAGAAGAAGCUCAAGAAGACGUGAAAGCGAGAAUUACAGAAGUAUCAAUAUGUAUGGACAGUCAGCACUGUCAAAGAAUGACAUAAAUACAAUCCGCCGUUCACAAGUUCCUCAGAUUAGAGAUACUUUAUGGCAACUUAGGGCAAGGGAUAUGCUGCCAGCUAUUUGGUUUAUUUUUAGCAGAAAAGGAUGUGAUGCAGCUGUUCAGUAUCUUGAAGAUUGCAAACUUUUGGAUGAGUGUGAGAUGGGCGAAGUUCAGCUGGCUUUGAAGAAGUUCCAUAUACAACAUCCAGAUGCAGUUAGAGAGACUGCUAUAAAGGGCCUUCUGCAAGGUGUAGCAGCACACCAUGCUGGCUGUCUACCCCUGUGGAAGUCAUUUAUUGAAGAGCUGUUUCAGCAAGGACUUGUUAAGGUUGUCUUUGCUACAGAAACACUUGCUGCUGGAAUUAACAUGCCUGCUAGGACUGCUGUUAUUUCAUCUCUCAGUAAAAGGAGUGAAGCUGGACGAAUCCAGUUAAGUUCAAAUGAACUGCUUCAAAUGGCUGGACGUGCUGGACGUCGAGGUAUUGAUGAAAGGGGUCAUGUGGUUCUUGUUCAGACUCCCUAUGAAGGAGCAGAAGAGUGCUGCAAGCUUCUUUUUGCUGGAGUGGAUCCUCUUGUUUCACAGUUUACUGCUUCUUAUGGAAUGGUUCUGAAUCUUCUUGCAGGUGCAAAAAUCACUCGCAGAUUGAAGGAAUCAGAGGACAUGAAACAUUUUCAAGCGGGACGAACGUUGGAAGAAGCUAGGAAGCUAGUUGAGCAAAGCUUUGGAAACUAUGUUGGGAGCAAUGUCAUGCUUGCAUCCAAAGAGGAGCUCACAAAAAUACAGAAAGAGAUUGAGGUGUUAACUUCAGAAGUUAGUGAUGAUGCUGUUGAUAGGAAGGUCCGAAAGCAGCUCUCUGCGAUCACAUAUAGGGAAAUAUCUGAUCUGCAGGAGGAAUUACGGGCAGAGAAGCGACUUCGGACAGAGCUGCGACAAAGAAUGGAAUCAGAGAGAAUUGCAUCUUUAACUCCUCUAUUGGAGGAGCUGGAAAAUGGACACUUACCCUUUGUGUGUCUGCAGUAUAAAGAUAGUGAUGGGGUUCAACACUUAGUCCCUGCUGUUUAUCUGGGGAAAGUUGAUUCCCUUUCUGGUUCAAGAAUGAAGAGCAUGAUUUGUGCUGAUGAUUCUUUAGUGCAAACUACCAUCAGAACAGAGUUACACUCUGGAGAUGCUGGAGGACACUUUGAUGCUAAACCAUCUCAUUAUGUGGCCCUUGGUUCAGAUAACUCUUGGUAUCUCUUUACAGAGAAGUGGGUUAAAACAGUUUAUAGGACUGGCUUUCCUAAUAUUCCUUUAGCUCAGGGUGAUGCUUUGCCUCGGGAAAUUAUGAAGGCUCUUCUUGAUAAGGAAGAAGUACAGUGGGAGAAGCUUGCUAAUUCUGAACUUGGAGGCUUGUGGAGCAUGGAAGGAUCCCUUGAUACAUGGUCUUGGAGUUUAAAUGUUCCAGUCCUUAGCAGCCUUUCAGAUGAUGACGAGGUGCUGCAAAUGUCGCAACCAUAUCAUGAUGCUGUUGAGCUGUACAAGGAGCAAAGGAAUAGGGUUUCCCGAUUGAAGAAAAAGAUUGCACGUACUGAAGGCUUUAAAGAAUAUCAAAAGAUCAUAGAUAUGACUAACUUCUCCAAGGAAAAGAUUGAACGUUUGAAAGCUAGAGCAGAUCGUCUAAUUACUCGAAUAGAGCAAAUUGAACCAUCUGGUUGGAAGGAAUUCCUUCAGAUCAGCAACAUUAUACAUGAAGCCAGAGCAUUGGAUAUCAAUACACAUAUGAUAUUUCCACUUGGUGAAACAGCAGCAGCAAUUCGAGGAGAAAAUGAACUUUGGCUUGCAAUGGUGCUCCGGAAUAGAAUUUUACUAGAAUUAAAGCCUGCACAACUUGCUGCAGUUUGUGGUAGUCUAGUUUCAGAUGGAAUCAAAGUUCGUCCUUGGAAAAAUAACAGCUACAUAUAUGAACCUUCAAAUACUGUAAUCAAUAUCAUUAAGAUUUUGGAUGAGAAAAGGAGCUCCCUUUUGCAGCUUCAAGAAAAGCAUGGAGUAAAGAUACCUUGUGAAUUAGAUAGUCAAUUCUCUGGAAUGGUUGAAGCCUGGGCUUCUGGUUUAACUUGGCGGGAAAUUAUGAUGGACUGUGCAAUGGAUGAAGGGGAUUUAGCUCGCCUCUUACGAAGAACAAUUGAUCUAUUGGCUCAGAUCCCCAAAUUGCCUGAUAUUGAUCCAGUACUGCAAAACAAUGCAAUGGUUGCAUCAAAUGUCAUGGACCGUCCACCAAUAAGCGAACUUGCUGGAUAACUUCAUGAACCACUAUGAAGUUACCAUAUAAAUAUUGUUCCUGUCAAGCUAUCAUCCAAUGCCAUGGUCUGCUCACGAAUUAUGUGGAAUUGGUUGAUUGAACUUUUGAGUCUUUCUAAAGCUAUUAUGAUGGCUACUGGGCCUGAGGUGCUGGUGGAAGAUAAAGCAAUAUUUGUAUCUAACAUGGCUGGAUGACCUUGAUUGCACUCAGUCAGAACCAACUAUUUUCACCUUAUUGGGUGGGCAUAGGCUGCAAAUUAUGAGUUGAGAUAGUUUUGGUAGGGCAUGGGCUAGGGCCUCAGCCUUGGGCCAACUUUACCCACGUGUGGACUGUCAGUUUUGACACUGGCAACGCUAAUCCUUGUUAAACCUCUUUCCUUCAGCCUGAGCUAGUUGGGAUCGAUUGAAUAGAUCAUUUUAACUAGUUACGAUGAGGGAGGUAGCAACCAAUUUGAACCAAAGAUGCCCCUGAGAUGGACAUCUGAUUUGAUUGAUGACCUUCUGCUGAUGACAGGUAAAGCACAUCAUGAACAGACUUAGGGGUUUGCUUUAAUAUGAAUAUUUUUUUUUGGCUCUUUCAAUGGAUAUGGGUCCAAAGAUUAGAUACAAGAUAAAAAAAAGAUAUAGAAAUCUUAUCUUUAUCUUA